GGGAGGGACACAGUCAUUGUGACCAGAAACAGGAGAACAGAAAACUUCAACUAAAGAAGCUAAAGAAGCUAAAAGGGCUCCUCCUUCAGUCUGCUGAUCUGAUUUCAGGUUGAGAUGUUCUGGCUCAGGAUGACUUCCUGUCUGUUGUCCCUCCUUUUUCCUUUGGUGUCCUCCAUCAUGGCCACCGACCAACCCGCAGGCUGCAAAAUCCGUAUCACUGAGAAAGGACUGGAGAUGUUGAAGUCUGAGACUGAGAAGUUUGUUGAAGAGGAGCUUAGUAACAUCAGUAUGCCGGAGAUGAAGGGCACAGAAGGACGUUUCCAAUACACCAUCACUGAUGUGAAGAUCACUGAGUUGAAUCUGACUCAUGCCGACCUGCAGUUCAUCCCUGAAGUCGGUUUAAUGUUCGAUGUUCAGAACUCUUCGAUCUCACUGAGUUUUCACCGACGGAUCCUCUACUGGUUCUUUUAUGACACGGGGAACAUCAACGCGUCGGCGGAAGGCGUGAACAUCAACACAGCUCUGAACCUGAUAAGAGAUGAUGAGGGACGACUGAAGAUCAAUAACAUGACCUGUGACGCCAAAGUGUCCAAGAUGAGGGCCAAGUUCAGCGGGACACUCGGGAAAGUUUACGACUUCCUGGCGAGUUUUCUGACAACAGGCAUGCGCUUCCUCCUCAAUCAAAAGAUCUGUCCUGCUCUGAACCACGCUGCUCUGGUCCACGUGAACUCCAUGUUGGAGACGAUCCCUGUGAGGACGGAGGUUGAUCAGUAUAUCGGGAUCGAUUAUUCUCUGAUCAAUGAUCCGAUUGUGACGUCUCAGAGCCUCGACAUGAACUUCAGGGGGAUGUUCUUUGACCUCUCUGAUCCAAAUGACACGUUGGCGAACUACGCUGUUGACCCGGUGAUCAGAGAGUACGACCGGAUGGUCUACCUCGCUCUGUCCGAGUUCUUCUUCGACAGCGGGAUGUUUUCUUACUACAAAGCAGGAAUCUUCCAGAUCCACAUCGUCAACGAGAAGAUGCCCAAAGACCUCGAGAUGUUGCUGAGAACCACCUACUUUGGAACCAUCAUGAUGCUGAACCCGGCUCUGGUGGAGGCUCCACUGUCCCUGCAGCUCGCGGUCAACUCUCCUCCAAAAACCUCCAUUAAGACAUCGGGGGCGACAGUCGUGAUGACAGCCAUUGUCAAGGUGAUGGUCCUGCCUCCAGGUCAGCCUCCGGUCCAGCUGAGCAGUAUGACCAUGGAGUCAAAGUUUAACGCCAAAGUUUCUAUGAAGGGGAAACGUCUGGCUGUACAUGCUGACCUCCGCAGGUUUAAAAUCUUCUCCAAUCAGUCGGCUCUGGAGUCUUUGGCAUUGAUUCCUCUUCAGGCUCCUCUGAAGACGAUGUUGCAGAUGUCAGUCGUUCCUUUAAUCAACAACUGGACGAAGCGAGGAGUUCAGAUCCCUCUGGCUGAUGGGAUGGAUUUCAUUGAGGAGGUUGUUGAAUAUCACAAUGGUUUCAUCGUGAUUGGAGCGAAUCUUCACUUUACCAAAGGACUGAGAGAAAUGAUAUCAGGCGCCAAUCAGACAGAGACCAACAUGUAAACAUGUAAACAUCUACAGAUAUAUUUAUAGACACUGUGAAUAUAUAACUCACUGUGUGAACACGACAUAUAACAAGAUGUUACAGUGUUUGUCAGUCGCGUUGGUACAUGUCUCAGAUCAGAAUUGAAAUUCUCAAAACUACUUCUUCAAUCCUCACAUCACUGUGUCACUUGUGUACGUCAAAAAAGAAGUUUCUGAUGUGUUUGAACAAGUUGCAAAUGCUUUGGUAUAUCCAUGCAAGUGAGUAUGUACAAUUUUCUUCUCUUCCCUACAUUAUCAAUUGCUUAUGUCAUGUUGAUGAAAAUGUAUUAUAAUGGGUCUCAGUUGAAUAGUCCCACCACCACAACCUUUAGGCAGUAGUUUAUCGCAUAAGUGUUUACGUGCAAAAUGGUUGAAGAAGUUGUCAUAAUAUGUUAAGUAUAUUUUUAUACUGUACAUUUCUAUUGGACUUUUUUUCUAAAUCUGUCCUGAACUGGUAAAUUGUUACCAGGUGAAUCCUGACUUUCUCUAAAGAAGGGAAGUGUGUGAAGCAUUAGAUUAACCAAUGAUUUACCAGUUUUCUGAAAUAGGUCAAAGGUGCAUCUGAUGAACCAUCAGCUAGCAAGUAUAUAUAUAUAGCUGGAACACAACACAAUGUUACAAUGUGUGACAAUGGAAAGAGAAGGAAUUGGAUGGGGUCAACAGCCAGAGAGAAGAAGAAGAGGAAGAGGAGAGAGGCUGCAUGGCGGAGGAGUUUUUUAGUUUGUGCUCUGCAGUGUUGUCUUUUCCUUGCUGUAUCGCAAUGACAUGGUCUGUCAAGAAAUUACAGUAGAAAUAGUAAAAGCGUAAAUUUGAAUCUUGUCCAGUGUCUUCAAUCAAUCUCCCACAUACACUAAGGUGUAACUUAGAAUUUACAAUGAUUGUCAUCAAAACUUCAGCCAUAGUUUACAUCAGAACAUCCCUCCAGAGUACAGUUAUAUUGACAACAUGACUAAGCAAUUUGGCUGUCUUAUCCAUACAUAAUCACACAAGGAGUUGUUAGUCUGAUGGCACUGACAUAUUCAUUGACACAGAUAUUUAGUUUUGAGAGAUGAACUAAGGAUUUUGAGGAAGAGACUGGGUGUUGCAGGUAAUCUAUGGUUGGUUUGGUAUUUGUACGAAUUGUUUUGAGAAAUGCACUUUGUGUUUUGCAAAUGUUGAGGAUGAUCUGAGAAAUGUAUCAAAGCGACUGAGAAAAACUGUAAUACAUUAAAAACAUAUUAGCCAAGGACGAUCCCAAAGACAGCCUCAACACACACACACACAUACACACACAUACACACACACACACACACACACACACACACACACACACACACAGACACAGACACACACACACACACACACACACACACAGUCAGUCAGUCAGUCAGUCAGUACAUAUAUACUGAUAUAUACUGGUAUGUGGAGUUUUUCCUGAUUAGCUGUGAGGGUCCUAAGGACAGAGGGAUCUUGUACGCUGGAAAGCCCUGUGAGGGAAAUUGUGAUUUGUGAUAUUGGGCUUUAUAAAUAAAAUUGAGUGAUUGAUUGAUAUGUGUGUAGUGAACAUUGUUUAUGUUUUGACAAAUACCAAUAUUAAAGUCUUUGUAAUUUUGUGAUCAAAUUUUUCUGUGGAUGAGUUUUGUAAUAGAAGUCAAACAAAUGUUGUUCUGUAUUAAAUUUAUUAAUUAAGU